CAAAGUCAAACCAGAAUAAUCCGCGUGUAGGGUCAUGGUUAGCUUAUAGGUUAAAUACUCGGUGGCCUUUAGGUUCUGAUUAAACUCAAUAUGUUGCCAAAUUUCCUUCCCAAACCAUAUAAUCUUUUGCAUCUGCCCAUUUGUGACUGCAGAAGCACGAUGCCAGUUUUCACUGCUAGCUUGUGGUUUUUGUUUUGAACUCCAAAAAUCUUAACUUAUUAAUUGAAGCUUUCUGUUUAUUACAUGGACUUAGAGGUCAAGAUAAGUACAGCUUAUUGACACGCAUAAAGAGACUCUUGUUUCUCUGCAGAGCAAUGGAGUUGAGCCAUCCUCUUUGUUCUUAAUGAAUUAUCUUUUAUAUUUAUCUGGGAAGUGGAUGAUUUUUAUAUUUAUUAUUAAAAGUUUUAUACAGAGUUAUUUAUACUGCCUCUAUUUAUCCCAUUGAGAAAUUAGUUCAUAUUGUACCAGUAAUUCAAAGAUAAUUCAUCACUCUAAAAAUUAACUUUUACCCACUGAGCAAUUAUGGCUAGGACUGUGAUGAAUUCCCACUGAGCAAUUACAGGCUAGGACUGUGAUGAAUUUUAAUAAGCUUGGUACAUAAUUGCUCAAUAUAUGAUAUGUGAUAAGCUUAAUUUCAUUAGUGUUCCUCAUAAAUCAUCACAAUGUGAUUUUCAGGGGGAAGUCACAUGGCUUGGAGCUCUGGCCUGCUGAACCUUGUGUUCAUGGUCAACAGCUCUAUGGUGAUGUGGGGUCUUGUGAGGCUUCCUGACAGGUGAGAGGCAUCUCGAGGGACUCUGUUUCAACAGGGAGGUCAUCACAGCUUCCUGAUUCUUGACAUAACUUAAAACACCUUUGUUUUCAAUAGUUGUAUUCACUGUUUCUUUCUGUUUCUCCUCACACACUCUUGGGUUCCUGCACCUCCCCCUCAUGGCUAUAUCUCUCCCUUCCUCUCACCCAUGACACUCCAGCGCCGAUGGAGCUGAGGAUGUAGCUGCCUGGUGGUGAUGCUGAGUUUCUCUUAGGAGCUGCGCUAGUGCUGCCUUGGCCAUAGAAACCUCUUUGGUGACUUGGCCUCCUUAAACUGUUAUUUCACUUCAGCUCAUCCAUGUAGGCUGGGAGAAAAUUGGGCCAUUGAUGGGAUGCAUAAUGCAAUUCUUCCUCAUGUCUCCUAACACAAGCAGCAACUGUGAUCUUCAAAAACACUCUUGCCCUGAGCUCUGAAAUCCUCCAGCAUGAAAAAGAGGAAAGAUGAACAGAGGAUGAACUGCUAGAGCUGAAGGAACUCCACUCUGGGCCUUCCAGGGAAAUGAUCGGAGGUAACCCCUGGUCCCAACCAGGCCAGUGGUGUCACCAGGACUAGGGGAGGCCUCUCUGCAAAGAUGGUGCUGGCAACCACAGGCCACACCUAAUGUCUCAGAGCAAGAGAAGUGCUUUGGAGGAGCCCGGACUUUGCAUUCUAGAGCCUUGGACUUGAAUGAAGCAGGGAGCUUUGAGAGGAGCCCCAAUUACUGACGGAAUUGGACGGUGUGUGGAGAUGCUUCAGCAGCACAAGGGUAAGUGGAGGAGCAAGACCAGGUCACAGUGAGAGAUAAUGAACAUCAUCAACCACCCUGACCAUCACCAUGAUCUUGCCAGUUUCUGCUGGGGAAGGCAACAACACAUCAAUGGUGUUAUAGCAAGUUUGUGUGUGUGUGCGUUUUAUCUCCAAUAAUAUUCCAUAAGAACUGUUCAUGGCCCUGUUCCUUUUCCUUUCAAUACAUGGGAAAACUAAAUGCAAACAACAAAAUAGCAUCAGGUUUACAAGACUUCCCAAAGUCUAUGGUCACACACGUUUUCAGGGGAUAUACACAAAUGAUUUUGAUCACUUGAUCCCUUGAAAAGAGCUCUUGUGAGACAGAAUGAUAUUGAUAAGUGACAAGUAUGAAAAAAGUGUCAGUGACAUCAAAGAAACAAAUGAACCCACAGAUAGAGGAGGAGCUUUGCACUUAGGGAUGUGAACUGGUCAUCAGCGUAAUGAAAAGCCAAGAUGCUGCCUCAGUGAGAGAAAAGAAAUCAACAUAACAAUGGGAUGCAGCGAGGAGAACACUGAGUCAGGGGAGAAAAUAUUUUUAAAUUAUUCAUUAACUUUUCAGUAGGUACAGAAAUAAAAAAUGCAGAACACAGAAGAUAUCAUGGCAGUCUAAAAGUCUGACAUCUUUCAUGUGUGGAAAAGCCUUAAGAUCUGUUUUAACUUAGAGAAGGUGGGGUGACUUCCUGAAGACCACUAAGAAAAUAUAACCUUCUGGGAAACUGUCUCCAUGAUUUUAUACACACAAGAGAUGGACAGAGGAAUGCGCUUAGACAUAUUAAGAUAGAGGUGAGUCUGCAGCACUGUCACAAGGGUAAGCAAAUACUGAGAGGGACUGCUGAGGAAAUAAUCCCCAUCUGUGACUCUCAGGGGAGAUCAGGGGGCCUUGGUUUCAGCACAGCCUGGGCAAUUGGAAUGCAGGGCUCCUAAGAUUUCAUGACACACCCACCUUCUAAUUCUGUUAUUGUGACUGCAGAUGGUUACCCGGGAUACCGGCUGCUAACCUCCCUCACUCUUGUAGAGUCUGAGCUACAGGCAGUGCCUUCGGCUCUGAGCUCUGGUAUUCUAAAUUUUGUUUUGGCGAUUAAGUACUCUGUGGUAUUGGUGGAGUUCUUCUUAACCAGCUGGUUUUAGCCCCCUCCAUUGCGAUGAAGAACCCUCCGCAGAUGGAAGAUGAUCCACUCGAAGGCUCAUCAACCACUCAGUGGCAUCAAGUGCCUGGCAACAUUGAUGCCUCCAGUGUUGCAAAACCCAAGAAGAUCAAACGAAAGCUCCCUUUCAGCAAAUGGUUCUGCUGGACUUCACGCUCCGGGUGCAGAGACUGUGAUGAAUACCACCUAACCAUCCGGUCUCUGGACAAAGAGAUAUACCGAAUAGGAGAAGAAACCAUAUAUGAAGAAUUGAAAUUAAUUGAGGAGCUCAGGUGAGCAGACGCUGUGGGGACAGGUGGGGGGCAAAGGUGUGGAUCUCUGAAGUGCAGCACUUCAGCUGAGAGAACCAGCAGCUAAGCUGGGCCAGGACCAGGACAGACAUUUACAUGGCAGGCACAUUUCACAGCAGCACUCAUAAAACAGAACAGUCAUCUUAGCACGUUACUGGCUGCAGUUGUUUCCUUGAGCUUUGUUUACACUUUUUAUAACAAUGAAAUGUUAUAACUUCCAUUCUGGGAGUUUCAUGUGCAUUGUUGGGAGUUUCAAGCAUCAACCUAUUUUCUAGUAAGAGCAGGUAACUCUGUGAUGUACCCCAGUAUAUCUGAUUACGUUGUAAUAAAAUUAGCAACAGUGCCAGGUGCGGUGGCUCAUGCCUGUAAUUCCAGCACUUUGGGAGGCUGAGGAGGGUAGAUUGCUUGAGCUGAGGAGUUUGAGACCAGUGUGGGCAACACUACAAAAACAUGUCUUGAUGAAAAAUUAGCAAGGCAUGAUGACACACACCUGUACUUCCAACUUUAUGGGAAACUGUGGUGGAAGAAUCACCUGAGCCUGGGAAAUUGAGGCUGCAGUGUGUCAUUAUCGCACCACUGCACUCCAGCCUGAGCAACAAGGUGAGACCUGUGUCAUGCACACACACAUGCACACACACACAUUCACACACACACACACACUGAGAGAGAGAGAGAGGAGAGAGAGAAACUAGCAACAAAAAUGUUCGUCUCUAUUCUGUUUCAGUCAGUGAGUGCCUUUCCUAGCAGGACCAUACCUUUUCCGGUUUUGCAUUUCUCCCUGAGUUUGAAAAAGCAAAUAAUUUUCUGUGAUCACAGUGAUUCAUUAAACAAAUAAAAUACUCUUUGACCUUUCAUAUGCAUAUGCCCUGCCCCUUGCCAAACAAGCUCUGUCCUGCUAUAAACAUUCAGAGCUGAAGAAAUGCUCCCAAGGGGGCAGUGGCAUCUCCAUGUUAGAGCUGAGGAUGCUGAGACUCAGAAAGUUUCUUUCACUUGCCCAGGAUGGCACGACUAGUCAUGGUGAGAGCAUGGUCUUUUUGUCUGCCUGAUUUCAUCUCCCAGGGACUGAGGCAUGAUGGGUGCUCACCCUUUUUUCUUUGUAGAAAUUAUUUUCCAAUAAAGUCAGGCUGAAACAGAAUAAGUUGCUGGUCUAGGAUAAAGAAGUCCUGUAGUCCCUGGCACAGAUUUCUCAAGGAUUACCUCUGUACACUCUGUCUGUCAGCAGAAUCAGUGGCUCCUCCAGUCUUUCCAGGAGGACCUACAGCUCCAGCAGGCUCUCCUUUGGAAAAGCACUCAGGGAGUAAAUGAUCCUAGUUUCUCCCCACCUCCCCAUCCCAAGGGUUUCAACUCUCAACGUGGCCAUGUUUAGGUUUCUAUAAACUGUAGAGCUGCAUCUCUUGAACACCCCAGCCUGGAUGGGUCUUGUACAAGAAGGAAGGGAAAUGCUCUGAAACGAGUCUUAGAAGUGAGAUGCCUGUGAUUUGGCCGGCCCUGCCAUCUGGAACAUGGGGCAGGAGAGGGCACAUUCAUCCAUGCAGAUGGGCCAAGAUGAAUGAACGCGUCCUUCAGAUUACACAAGGAUGCUUCCUGUGUGUGGCUUCUCAACAAUAAUGUGUGAAUAGUGUGCACAGUGCACAGCUCUGACCCCAGCAGUGGUGUCAGCAUGGUUCGGCUCUGCCCAUGCUCUCCCUGCAGAGAAAGACUUGGUAGAUUUAGGGAGAAUACAACCUAAAUUAUCUCUGGAUCUUUCCUUGAUGGCUUCUCCCAACCUGCCCCAUUAACAGUACUGCAGUACUUCAGAAGUUUGAGAAAACGUUUUCUUUUUUCUUCUGAAAAUGCAAAGAAUAUUCAAAGUACAAGUUUAAUAAGACUCAGUAGUCUAGAAUAGAGGGAUAAAGUGAGAUGAGAAAAUUAAGUAGUGACAAUUAAAGACAUUCCCAGAGCUUGAUUCUAAACAGCAAGUGCAGAGAAUCAGAAAAGGAGCGCUGUGUUUGCCCAGUCUCCAUCAGCCAGAUUUGUUGUUUCAGGAUGUUUCUCUCAUUUGCCCAAUAUGAGCUAUCUUAAAAUGUGAGAGUGUCCUAAGUGGCUGAUGGUCAAUGAUGAAUAAAGUGUGCUCUCAGGAAGAUGAAAGAGAACAGACACAAGGAAUGCUUUGAGCCACUAGGGAGGUGAAACCCAGUCUAGAGAAGGGCUUCUAAACAGAAAUCACAGAGCUGGAUGGCACCUGGUGCAGGGUGGGACCACGGAGGGGCCAGCAUGACCUCAGGAAGAGUCUGUUUGAGCACGUGGUGGAAGGUGAUGCUGGCUAGGAUCGUGGGGCAGAAGUGAGAAGGAGCACAGAGGCAGGAUAAGAAGGACAGUCACGCAGGGGGAAGUGGAGAGAAAGUGUUCAGAUGCAGAGUGGGAACAUGGUGAGAACAGAACUUUGGGGAGAUAAAACUGCUGAGACAAUUGCUAGAGUGGACACGGCAAGGUCAGAGAAAGCAGAGAGGGAGGCUGUAUACAACCAGGCAUCACUGAUGAGACUCUGAUACACUGUGCUCUCAGGAAGACAAAAGAGAAUAGACACAAGGAGCACAGUUUUAAGAAAAUUUAGGAAUUCUUGUAGUGAAUGAGAAUGAGGAGAGGGGAAGAGAGAAAGGAGCCCUAGCAACAUGGAUCUGGCCCUGCACCCUGUCCCUGUCCUGAGCCAGAAGUGCACAGGAAUGAGGUCAUUGGAAGUCUUUCCUUAGUCCACUCUGAGAAUGUGCAUUCCUCUCCCUGUGGAAAUAGAAAUAGUUUGUUUAGGAUGUAUGCCCGAACCCCACUGGAGAGUGGGUAAUGUGAGGACUGUGCCCUGUGUUCCCUUCCUACAGAACCACCCAUGCAGAUGUAUAGCUCUUAUGAUCCCUGAAUUUCUGCAAAGGGACUGGUCCCUCCACUACAUUGCCUAAGGCUGCUGACACCCAUUAUUAUACAACACUAGGAUGAAGAUGUGUGGGCAGGGGGUUAAAUCAUUACAGGCAAUGAGAAAUUCAAAAUGUCUCAGAACCCCGAAAAGUUAGCCUAACUUAGUGUUUGGUCUUUCUCAUGGUUUUCUCUCAAAGCCUCCUGGCACUAGCGCUUGCCCUGUUCUUACACACCUGUGUUGUGGAGAACAGUUCUUCCUCUCCUAUGCUCUGAGGGCUCUCUAGAAUGUUCCCUGUAGGCAGAGGAAAGAGAUUAAUAAUGACAGACUAAUCGUCAUGACCUUUAUAGCCAAUCCAAAGUUCCCUUGGCUGAAGGAGGGGUUUUUCACUUCAGGGACACUCUAGCCUGGCACUUGCCAUGACAGUGUCCCCAGGUACAGACAGGAAAGGUGACAUCACCUGCAUUUACAUGAUGUCUCUCUGUGUGGCUUGGGCCACUAUGUGGCUUACCAAGAAACAGGGACAGCAGAGAUGCGUGUUCUGGGGGUGCUUAACAAAGGGAAAUCUGAGAUUGUUCCUACUGAAGCUUCUUCUCCUUUCAGCUUCCACCCAGGCCACCUGUCCCCAAGGGACUUGGAGUGAAGACUUGAGCCACCGCCUGUCAAAGGUGCAGGCUUCACAGACACAACUGGAUCCAAGCACCCUGGUGCCGAGUUGUCCACGAGAGCUGGUUUUAGCCCCCUCCAUUGUGAUGAAGAACCCUCUGCAGAUGGAAGAUGAUCCACUCGAAGGCUCAUCAAACACCCAAUGGCAUCAAGUGCCUGGCAACAUUGAUGCCUCCAGUGUCCCAAAACCCAAGAACAUCAAAAGAAAAUUCCCUUUCAGCAAAUGGAUCCGUUGGCCUUCACGCUCCGGGUGCAGAGCCCCAUCCGUUGGGAUGAAGAAUGCUCCGCAGCUGGAAGAUGAUGCACUCGAAGGCUCAGCAGACACCACCCAAGGGCGUCAAGUCACUGGCAACAUUCAUGCGUCCAGUGUUUCAAAACCAAAGAACAUUAAAAGAAUACUCCCAUUCACGCUGGGUGCGGUGGCUCACGCCAGUAAUCCCAGCACUUUGGGAGGCCGAGGUGGGCAGAUCACGAGGUCAAGGGACAAAGACCAUCCUGGCCAACAUGGUAAAACCCUGUCUCUACUAGAAAAAGCAAAAAUUAUCCCGGCGUUGUGGCGCUCGUCUGUAGUCCCAGCUAGCUGGGAUGCUGAGACAGAAGAAUCACUUAGAACACAGAAGGCAGAGGUUGCAGUGAGCCAAGAUCAUGCCACUGUCCUCCAGCCUGCGUGACAGAGUGAGACUCCGACUCAAGAAAAAAAGAUAAAAAGAAAACUCACGUUCAGCAACUGGAUCUGUUGGCCUUCAUGCUCAGGGUGCAGAGGCACCAAAUACUGUCAGAAAGGAUGUCAGGAAAAAAAGGGGGUCUCAAGCUUUUCCACUUGAUGAAAAAACACUAAAAUGGCAAAGCAAGUACAAGUCCAAACACAAGUCACUGCAGAAAUCCUUCACUGAGGAUUCAAUUUUAGACCACAGGGCCUGUUAAGGAAGAUGGCGCUGUUAGGACCAACUCAGGAUUACAGCUCCCAGUCAAUAUGCAGAGGGUGAGUGGACACCCCAUUUCCAUAUGGAUCUUUAUUGUCCACAGACUAAAAGAUUUCCAGGUGUAAGAGCCCCAUGAGCCACACGGUAGUUUGGGCUGGCGCAGCUGUUUGAGCCGAGGCCGCAGCACAGCAACACUCCAUACAAAAUAUGCCUAUUUGGUUGCCCUGUUAAACUGGCAAUUGGAGAUUUUGGAAGGUAGAUUAGCACAUUCAUCUGAUUAAAUGAGACUUAAACAGAAAGCCAGCCCAGGAGAUUCCCAGGCAGCAACGUAAUUUGAGCAGGCGCAGUGGGUCGCUGCACAGGAUAUCACACGGACCCCAGCGCCCUUGCAGCAGGUGACUGGAACACAUGGGAGAGAGUCAACCGCUGAACUGAAAAAAAAAAAGGGUUCUGAGGCAGGGAGCCAGGUGAUCAGGCUCGGCGGGUCCCACCCCCACAAAAACAAACAAAACAGCACUUGGAAACUCUCCGGGUUGAGAGUUUCAUGACAAGCACAGCAGAACCCAGGAUGGUGCAGCUUGGAGCAGGAAGGGCAUCUGUUAUUACUGAGGCACUCAACCCCUACAGAGCUACACUGCCAUUGCUGAUGCAGCCUCCCAUUGCUGAGGCAACCCACAAUGGAAGAGAGAGUCCACCAUUACAGAGGCAAGCAUAUCCAUAUAAACAGGACUAUAGGAAAUUACACACAGCAGCAGGGCGGAGCCCACAGCAAUAGGGCAGAGCCCAUGGCAACAGGGCAGAGCCCACGGCACUUCAGCAUAGCCACUGCAGGCAAGCAGUGAUUAGACUGUCCCCUUGCUGGGGAGGACAGUGCAACAGAUAUUCAUAAAUGGAUCCCUAACUCCCCGGGACAGAGCACCUAAGGAAAAAGAAAGGGGCUUUAUGAGUUCUGCUGCAGCAGACUAAAAUGAUCUUGCCUAGCAGCCCUGAAUAAACAACAAAGCUCAUAGCUCAGCACUUGAGCUCCUAUAAAGUACAGACAGUCUCCUCAAGCAGCUCCCUGACCCCCAUAUAUCCAAAGAGUCACCUCACAAAGGACUGAUCGGACUGACAUUUGGCGGGCAUCAUUCAGGGACAAAGAUAGCAGAAGAAGAAUCUGGAAGCAACCCUCACGGUUCUGCAGCUGCUACAGGAGUUCCCCAGGCAAGCAGGGCCUGGAGUGGACCUCGGCAGUCCUACAGCAGUGGGGCCAGACUGUUAGAAGGUAAACUAUGAAACAGAAAUACUUCAUAAUCAACAAUCUGGAUGUCCACUCAGAGACCCAAUCUUAAAAUCAGCAAUCACUCAGACGACAGGUGGAUAAAUCCACAAACAUGGGAAGAAAUUAGUGCAAAAAGGAGGAAAACACCCAAAACCAGAACACCUCACUUCCUACAAAGGACCAAAACUCCUCACCAGCAAGGGAACAAAGCUGGAUGGAGAAUGAGUGUGAUGAAAUGAUGGAAUCAAACUUCAGAAGGUGGGUAAUCAGAAACUUCCGUUAGCUAAAAGAAUAUGUUUUAAAUCAAUGCAAAGAAACUAAGAACCUUGAAAAAACAUUUGAAAAAAUAUUUGAGGAAAUGAUAACAAGAAUGGACAACUUAGAGAGGAAUACGAAUGAAUUGAAGGAGCUGAAAAACACAACACGAGAACUUCGUGAAGCAUGCGCAAGUUUCAACAGCCGAAUUGACCAAGCAGAAGAAAGGAUAUCAGAAGUCGAAGAUCAACUCAAUGAAAUAAAAUGAGAAGGCAAGAUCAGAGAAAAAAAGCACAAAAAGGAAUGAACAAAGUCUCCAAGAAAUGUGGGACUAUGUGAAGAGACCUAAUCUACGUUUGAUAGUUGUACCUGAAUGUGAUGAAAAGAAUAAAUCCAAGCUGAAAAUUACUCUUCAGGAUAUUAUCCAGGAAAAUUUCCCUAACCUAGCAAGGCAGGCCAAUAUUCAAGUCCAGGAAAUACAGAAAACACCACAAAGAUAUUCCGCAAGAAGAGCAACCUCAAGGCACACAAUCGUCAGAUUCACCAGGGUUAAAGUGAAGGAGAAAAUGCUAAGGGCAGCCAGAGAGAAAGGUCAGGUCACCCACAAAAGGAAGCCCAUCAGACUCACAGCAGACCUCUCAGCAGAAACCCUACAAGCCAAAAGAGAGUGGGGGCCAAUAUUCAACAUCCUUAAAUAAAAGAACUUUCAACCCAGAAUUUCAUAUCCAGCCAAACUGAGCUUCAUAACUGAAGGAAAAAUAAAAUCCUUUGCAAACAAGCAAGUACUCAGAGAUUUUGUCACCACCAGGCCUGCUUUACAAGAGCUCCUGAAAGAGGCACUAAACAUAGAAAGGAACAACCAGAACCAGCCAUUCCAAAAACAUAUCAAAUGCUAAAGAGCAUCAACAAAAUGAAGAAUCUGCAUCAACUAACGGGCAAAACAGCCAGCUAGCAUCAAAAUGGCAGUAUCAAAUUCACACAUAACAAUAUUAAUCUUAAAUGUAAAUGGGCUAAACACACCAAUCGAAAGACACAGACUGGCAAAUUGGAUAAAAAACCUAAACCCAUCAGUGUGCUGUGUCCAGGAAACCCAUCUCACAGGCAAGGAUACGCAAAGGCUCAAAAUAAAAAGAUGAAGGAAGAUUUACCAAGCAAAUGGAGAGCAAAAAAAAAAAGAAAAGAAAAAGAAAAGUAGGAGUUGCAAUUCUCAUCUCUGAUAAAAUAGAUUUUAAAGCAACAAAGAUCAAAAGAGACAAAGAAGGACAUUACAUAAUGGUAAAAAAAUAGAUACAACAAGAAGAGCUAAUGAUCCUAAAUAUAUAUGGACCUAAUACAGGAGC